GUACAGUAGUCACGGUGCAGUCACUUGUUGACCUGCCUAGAAAACGGAAGGUGAGGCAGAGCUGACGAAGUUUACCUACUUAGUGAGUGAACUCGCAGGUGUUAACAUGUGACUUGUGCUGAACUCUCAAGUGUUAACUUGGUGGUUUGUUGCUACCAUUAAAUAUUGUUGAAACUGUAAACUGUCAUUCAUGUACAGUGCUUUUUAGAUCUACUACUGGUGCUACCAGUGCUUCUACCAGUGCUACUACUACUGUUGCUACUGGAAGUACUACCACUAAUGCUACUAAAAAGUACCUUUGAAACACGAAUCUCAUUGUCAAUUUUAUACAUAAAAGAGUCUGACACGUUGAAUCAACCCACAAGACGACUUUUAGUAUUCAGCGUCCAAGCAUUUGUGAUUUGUUUUAUACUAUUCAGCCGGAGUUUGUGAAGACUAGUUUUACUUUUAAGAAAUGGUCUCGCAAUUUCCUAAAAUUCCUAGAGACUACAUUUCCUUGGAUUUAUGUCAUGAUAUGUGCCCCGUGCAACAGCUUGUCCCUGACUUUAUUGAGUCUUCUCUGAUCUAUGUGAAAAGCACUUCAGCUAAUUAAUGUACGAUUUAGUAAACUCUAAAGACUAAUAUUAACACCGAAGGUAGAUAUAAUACAUUCGAAAAUCUUUUGUACACAGCACGGGAAUCAAAAUGGCUCACGUGACCGUGGUAGAAGUGGAAGAGUCUCUCCUGAAGACCUUCAGUGAGGAGGCUGCAUUAAGACAAGGCGACGACGCAUUCAAGGCUGAUACACAACAUAAGCAAGACUGCAGAGUUUGCCAGAGUAUUGUCACUCAAGAUGGACUCUGCCAGUGCCUAGUCCCCCAGAUGAGAGCCAAGGUUGAAUUUUUAUUUGUUAACCUUAAUAAACUGCAGCAGUCUGGUGUUGCACACACGGCAAACAUGCAUGCCAACAGCCAAGAUAUUCCAAAGAUUCACACAUCGAGGGAACUCUUUAGAAAACCGAACAUUAUUAAUCAGAAUGUUGGGGUGACAGGUUCAGUGUUCAUGGUGUCUGACCCGAGCUGCCAGCAAGUGAUAGAUACCUCCGACGAUGAGUCAGAUUCGUCGCUCACUUCAUCCGUCUCAUCACUGUCCGAGUCGGACUCAGGCUUGAGCAGCAACGUUGAGGUCAGUGCGACUCACAACGCCACCACCAUCACAAUCGGUGACAAGCACGGCCCUCACAAUAAUCGUGUGCUGCUAUACAUUGGUGCUUCCACGACUGAGGAAAGUAACCCUGCUGAAACACACGAACACAUUUCCCAGGACGACCUUCAGGAGGUUGUCUCCUUACCAUCUACCGAGCCACAAGUCACUGAUGACUCUACGGACAAAACGUUGAUCCUGGAGUGGCGAGUCAUUGCCCACCCUUCCCCGACACUCCAGCAUCCCCUCCCUCCUCACCAGGAAGGAGACAGAGGCUCCACACCCACUUCUUUCUCGAGCGCGUAUACAGUGACGGAGCACGAGAGCACCAGCGAGGAUUCGGAAACAUCGCGACACAACUGGUUAGGCCAAGAAUCAGAAGAAGAAUCGCAAGAUAUUUCAAGAGCCUCGAGCCGUCUCAACCCAGAUGGUGUCUCAGUCACUGUUAGCGAAGCUGAUUCACUAUCCUGGAGAGACGAGGAUCAGGGCUUGCAGGGUACCGAUGAUAGUGACCCGCCCACCCACACUACUUCCGACCGUCACAGUGUUGCAGACACUACAAGCAACAGAAUCAAAGGUAUUUUGUCAGGCGUGGGAAGCAACUGGCAGUGGUGUGAACUCCGGGGGAAGCUGCACCGGUUCCGCCGCACCUCGGACAGCAGCAACAGCAGCAGUGGCGAGUCAAGUAUCGUCUACAAUUACAUCCCCUGCCGCGACCAGAGGGAAAAGGAGGAAGAGGAACUGUGGGUAGCCAAUGAAGCUGCAGAGCCCGGAGGUGGGCCAAGUUUCCAGGGAGUGGCACCUCCCCUCUGGCCUCCCCUGUGGGGCUGGGACUGUUCACUUGGUGGGGCUGGCAAGCAGGAGCUGGCGCACCACGGGCCAGUCUGGGCUGAGCAGCUGCGGGCGCCGCACGAUUGUGUGACUUCUCCGUGUUUGACAACGCUAAUGUGUACUCUGGCUCCAAGCCUCGCGCCCCUUACGGUGGGCGUCGACACCGCUACUCACAAACACUACUCCACCAGACAGAGAGUGGCUGAAGCCAAGAUCAUUAAAAUAGUGGACGAGGAGCCGAAAUAUACACAAAACUGGAACAGGCUUAGCUGUGAAACACAAAUUCCUAGUGAAGAUGUAAUCCUCCAGACGUCCACUACAACCAACAUGCCAACAAAAAGAUUCUCCUUUCUCAUUCGGAGUAACAGCGUUAAGCAGGAGAGCGUCGUCACAGAUCCCAACUCGGUGCCUGCAACCCGGCAACCAGUGUCUCCAAGUGACCAGGCUAUCCUCGAUAAGCUGGCUACUCUCAAUAUCGAGGCACCAGGUGUUGUGCUCAAGCCCAGGACAAGGUGCUCACUCUUCGAACCCCCGUGUGUUCGCUGUGGAGAGCCCGUCUACCUUCAGGAGCGAACUGAACCCACUCUCAGACUUGUCUACCACAGCUCCUGCUUCAAGUGCCAUAAGUGCGGGGUGAGACUCACUCUCAAAACGUUCUACAGAAGUCCACUAGACUCUAAGGACAGCAGAGUGUUCUGCAGGAGCCACGUACCCUCACUGGACCCGGGUCGGCUGGACCCUAGCCGACCCGACAACACGAGCAAAACCUCUCCUGACAAAACUACACCAGACCCUCACAGCCAGACCUCCAGGAAGAGCAACAACAGCGGAGACAACACCUGCGUGUCACUGCAAGACGAACUGGACAUUGUUAAGUGCGAUACGAUUGGUCUGCGUUACUUCUGAAGUCAUCUGCUGCUGGGACUUCACGUUGUUAUACAAGACCAAGAACACUUACAGUGAGAAACCAGAGAAAAAUUUAAGUUUCAAAUGAAAACUUUGCAUUACAAUUUCCACUCGGUGUCUAUUGUUGUAAAAUAUCGAGUGAAUUCAGCGCAAAAUGUGUUGUUUAUAAAGUAAACAUUACUUGCAUGUUUUACUAACAUUCUUGCCAACUGCACUGUUUCUUUUUUCAAGGUAUAUUAUGCAGGUCUGUCUCAGUAAGACAGUGCAGCUUUGUAUAAGAAAUAUUGCAGUUAUUAUUUAUAAAUAUUUAAGCUGUUUAAAUAACUUUACAUUUUACUUUUGUGCCAUUACAUGCUUUAAAAAUGUUGUAAAAAAAUAUAAAGUGAUAAAUGGUGUCCAGUUAUGAACUGAGGAUGCUAUGCAACAAUUUUUAAAUUCUGAUAGAGUAAUUCAUUAAAAUUUGAAGCACAUCUUUACCUAAAGCUCUUACUUGGUUUUCAUUACUGGGCAAUUUUAUUCAAAUGCUGAUGGACCUAUUCAUAUCCUACAGCUUUUGUACAUUUGUCUAGUCUCAUUCCUGAAAUAGCUAUUUUCCUGUAUAAAUUAA